AUGGGAAAGGACGCUGAAAUCUCUCUCAAUGAGCGCAAUUUCGUGAAAGAAGGUCUCAAAAAUGGGUUCCGUCUUAAUGGACGCUCGCUUGACGAAAUGCGCCGUCCAAUCAUCAACAUCGACAAGAACGAGUAUGGCUUUGUAGAGGUUGAGUUUGGCAAAACGAAGCUUGCAGUCAGGGUCAGUUGUGAAAUCGUCAAACCUUACGAAGACCGUCCGUUCGAAGGUAUCUUCACUAUUUCCACAGAAAUCAGUCCUAUGGCUUCGCCCAUGUUCGAGAACGGCAAGAACUCAGACGAUGAGGUGCUCAUCUCGAGAUUCAUCGAGAAGGCAGUCAGCAGAUCCAACGCUUUGGAUCUUGAGAGUUUAUGUAUAAUCGCCGGAGAAAAAGUGUGGCAUAUUCGUGCGGAUGUGAAUUAUCUCAGCUACGAUGGUGGACUCAUCGACGCUACUUGCAUUGGAGUGAUGACUGCGCUUCAACACUUCAAGAAACCAGAUGUUACAAUGAAGGGAACUGAUAUUAUAGUACACGAUUUUGACCAGCGACAGCCAGUUCCAUUGAUCAUCCUUCAUGUUCCCAUUUGCAUUACAUACUCAUUUUUCAACCCUGUGGACCGGGAAGAAAACAUCAAAGGCGAUGCCAACCUAGAAAUAGCAAUCAUGGACGCCGACAGAUCCGAAGAGCUUGUGAGAGAUGGAUUCCUUGUACUUACAUUGAAUAAGAACCGCGAGCUCAUACAGAUCUCCAAGAACGGUGGGCUUCCUAUUGAUGGUUUGGCCCUCAUCGAAUUAACACAAAGGGCACACGAUAGAUGUCAAGAGUUGACCGAACACAUCAAGGCCUUGCUACAGGCAGAUGAAAAAGAACGCUACAAGAACAUGAACCUCCAUCUUUUGGAAGUUGGCGCUUCUCGUUAA